GUCUGCAGCAAGCCACCAUAGCGGCGCAACAAGAGGCAUACGGUCUACGCCACCAUGGAUACUCCCACACCAGGGAAUGUUCAACUGCGACACCCCACGGGGAUUACCAAGGUCCAGGACGGGGAGGGGGACACCAUGGUCGCCUACAAUGACGUGGGCUUCAUAGACAUGCCGCCGAUCUCCAACCUUGAGGAGAAAAUGGCACAAAUGUCCGACUUCAAGUGCAGGUCGGACGAUGUGUUUGUGUGCUCUUUUCCCAAGUCAGGUACUCAUCUCGUCUGGACUAUAACAAGCAUGCUUGUGGACAGCAGUCAAUACCCGUCCUAUCCAGAGCGCGCACUGGACGAUGCGCUGCUUGAAUUCGAAGGCCCGUCUGCCCUGACAUCCAACCUUCCACCACCAAGAGUCAUGGCUUCCCAUCUCGGUGUGGUCAAGAUGCCGCCGUCCGUUUUAAGCAGUGCGAAAAUCGUUGUGGUUUACCGUAACCCCAAAGACGCCUAUGUGUCGUUCUACCACCAGCUACGUGGACUGAAGUGGCGGGAAUACUCGGGCACGUGGUCUGGGUUCUUUGAGCUGAUGAUGCAGAGAAAUGAGCAGCACCUGGGUGGACCGGAGAGUUUUAUAUCGUGGGUGGAUCACACGAAGGGCUGGUGGGAAUUUGCAAAGAAAAACAGUAAUGUAACAUUUGUUAGAUACGAAGAUUUAGUCAGCGACCCUAUCCCUACCAUUAAAAGGAUCUCAGACUUCUUGGACUUACAGCGAGAGGCCGCCACUUUGGAGCACAUCGCCAUGAAAUGCAAGUUUGACAGCAUGAAAAAGGCCAGAGAUGAUAAAGACGGUUGGGACCAAGAGAACUGGAAAGAUACAUCUGCUGGGAUUUACAGAAAAGGCAAAAUUGGAGACUGGAAGAACCUGUUGACGGUAGCUCAAAAUGAGCGAUUUGACUCACUCAUCAAAAGGAGGUUUUCGCAAACUGGAUUCAGUUUGACUUGAUACUUGACACGGUUUCUACAAUAUAAGUUGAGAUGAGAUCUCGUUGAAUUCAACUGAAUAACUUCCUGACUGAGAAGAUGGGAUCAUAAUUAAUGGAAGUGCGUUUUAAUGGACCCUUCCUAAGUUGCGGUAUUGCAAACCCUGCGUUACCACAAAUAACGUACGUUGUUGGCUUUCCUUGCACAACUGUAUAAGGAAAUGUGAUUUCCGUCAGUCAGGGUAAUUAAGGGGCCAUUCAGAAUAGAUGAUCCGAGUUAUAACUGAUCCGCCGACUACACAUGGCC